GCUCCUCUUUCAUUUGCAGAAAUGAGAAGAGGGUGGGUGUGUUCUCCUCUGGGCCAUAAAGAUAGCUGAUGGCAUAUAGAUAGUGAACUGCGUGGCCAGAAGGAAGGAGAUUUAGGUUAUGCUGAGUGAGGUAAAAUCUGGAUUUAGAGCUAAUGUUGUGCAAUAAUCAUUGCAACAAGAGGAAUAUCUGAAGAGGAACUACAAACUUUCUGUAACAUGAAGCUUGUGUACGUGUGAAAGGCAAGAAAGGCUUGAAACGAAUGGAUUGGUAGCCGUUUUAGAGGGUCGGCUUUAAAGGUCCAGCACUACAAGAAGGGCGAAAGCAAAUUGAAAAGAAGUGCAGGCACAAAGCAGGCUGACUCCACUCUGCACUAUUGAUCUCGCUGAGGACUGAGUGAUUCAGCAUCAUGGGGAAAUCAGCCUCCAAGCAGUUUGCUGAGGAGGUGUUGCAGUGUCACAAUGAGUACAGGAAGAAGCACCAGGCUCCUCCGCUAAAGCUGAGCACCAAACUGAGCAGAGAGGCUAACCGUUAUGCUGAAAGUUUGGCCAGCACGCGAAUCCUGAAGCACAGUGAGGAGUCCAGCAGGGGGAGCUGUGGAGAAAACCUGGCCUGGGCUUCUUAUGACCAAACGGGGAAGGAUGUGGCAGAUCGCUGGUAUGAAGAAGUAAAGCAGUACAACUUCAACCGCCCUGGAUUCUCCUCCGGCACUGGCCAUUUCACUGCAAUGGUGUGGAAGAGCAGCAAGAAGCUGGGUGUGGGAAAAGCCACGGCAUCAGACGGAUCUUCCUUCGUCGUGGCCAGAUAUUUCCCAGCAGGGAAUAUCACAAACCAGGGACACUUUGAGAAUAAUGUCCUUCCACCUAAAACCGGCUCUUGAAGACCCUUUGAUCCUCCUGGACUUUACUCAAGCCCAAAAACAUUUAUUUAGAUGUAAAGGAGAAGAGCUGUCUUCCCGCAGGGCUCUGGUGAAUGCAGCGGCACAUCCUGCUGGAUAAAAAGCCAAACUGUGAUCUUGUAGGAUUCUGACGGAUAAAACACACUCAAUACUUUGCACCCGUCAGGCCUUUGUGGGGCACAGUGUUCAAAUUAUUUAACAGGUUUUGUAUUUCUGAGUUUUUGCUAACUAAAUGACAGUUUCCCAUAAUUUUGCACAUUAAAGUACUCCUUUAUUGUUAUAACCCCCCCCCCCUUUUUGUAAGUGUGAGCUAAUUCAGAGAAAAGGUCUCCUAACUUAGAGGCAGAUGACUGCGCAUGCUUGGAAUGUCUUUGUUAUUGCCCCUUCUUGUCAAAGAAGGCUUGUGCUGUUUCCUCACACCCUAACUCAUUUUGUACAAUAAAGCAGAAAAAUUGUCAAAACAAAA